GGGUGAUGAAAGAUGUUUUAUCUGCUCUUUUUAACCAACAGGCAGCCGAAGCAGUAAACCAAGUCCGUUUUACACAAAGCCUUAGAUAAACAGAGUGAAUAAUGGUGCCAGAGACGAUCACCACUGGUUCUGUGGAAGGUCACAGUCUGUGCGAAGUCACUACCGCCCUGCUUCUGCUUCUGCUGCUGAUUCUGCUCAUCUCCAGCUGGAGAAAAACUCAAAGCUCACACAUACCAGGUCCUCGUUUCUUAGCAGGACUUGGACCUGUCCUGUCCUACGGCAGAUUUAUAUGGACCGGGAUUGGAACAGCCAGUAACUACUACAACAACAAAUAUGGCAGCACUGUCCGGAUCUGGAUCAACGGGGAGGAAACCAUCAUUUUCAGCAGGUCCUCUGCAGUUUACCACGUUUUGAGGAGCCCUCACUACACGUCCAGAUUUGGGAGCAAAAAAGGCCUCGAGUGUAUUGGGAUGGAGGGGAGGGGUAUCAUUUUCAACAGCAAUAUCCCCCUCUGGAAAAAGUCAAGGACGUACUUCUCCAAAGCUCUGUCGGGCCCCAGCCUUCAGAGGACGGUAGGAAUCUGUGUGAGCUCCACAGCCAAACAUCUAGACCACCUCCAGGACAUGACCUCUGACCCCUCUGGACAUGUGGAUGCCCUCAAUCUCCUGAGAGCCAUCGUGGUGGAUAUCUCUAACAGGCUGUUCCUCAGGGUGCCUCUCGAUGGUCAGCUCAUUUACACCGUCUGUUUUAAACUUCUUGCCUGGAAAUCUGCAGCUUUUCAUUAUUUUUCAGAGAAGGAGCUGCUGCUGAAAAUCCAUAACUACUUUGAAACCUGGCAAACGGUUCUAAUCCAGCCUGAUUUGUUCUUCAAGAUCGGAUGGCUUUACAACAAACAUAAGAAAGCAGCCCAGGAGCUGCAGGAUGCAAUGGAGAGUUUGCUAGAAAUGAAAAGAAACAUUAUCAACAAGGCUGAGAAGCUGGACGACGACCUUGACUUUGCAACCGAGCUAAUCUUUGCACAGAACCACGGGGAACUCUCAGCGGAUAACGUCAGACAGUGUGUGCUGGAGAUGGUGAUCGCCGCUCCUGACACUCUCUCCAUCAGUCUGUUCUUCAUGCUGAUGCUGCUGAAGCAGAACCCAGAGGUGGAGCUGCAGCUUGUGGAGGAGAUGAGCGCCGUUUUGGAUGAAACAGCCAUGGAGAACAUGGAUUAUGAAAAACUGAAGGUGAUGGAGAGAUUCAUCAAUGAAUCAAUGAGGUUUCACCCUGUGGUUGACUUCACCAUGAGGAAAGCAAUGGAGGACGACGAAGUCGAAGGCAUGAAGAUCAAGAAAGGAACCAACAUCAUCCUUAACACUGGUCUAAUGCACAAGACCGAGUUCUUCCCCAAACCCCGAGAGUUCAGCCUGACAAACUUUGACAGCCCAGUACCCAACCGCUUCUUCCAGCCCUUCGGCUCUGGGCCUCGCUCUUGCGUAGGCAAACACAUCGCCAUGGUGAUGAUGAAGGCCAUCCUGGUCACCCUGCUCUCCCGUUACACCGUUUGUCCUCGCCAAGGCUGCACCGUCAGCAGCAUCAGGCAGACCAACAACCUGUCCCAGCAGCCUGUAGAGGACGAGCACAGCCUGAGCAUGAGAUUCAUUCCUCGUUCUACGCAACCAAAUCACCAUCAGCUCUGAAUAAAUGCAGCAAUCUCUUCUCUCAGAUACCUGACUAAUACGUUCUUACAUUCUUAGAAGUUAAAAAAUACAUGUUUUUACCCUAUUAAAGAUUCCAAGUCUUUUUGCCUAACUGUUUCAGAUCAUAUCGGACAAAGACGACCUGAUUUACUACAAAUGUUUUUCUCUGAUGGUUUUAUUUCUUAAGAUACAAAAAAAUUUAACAACUCAAAUGUAAUAACACAGAAUGUCUUUUAAAUCUCAUUAGAUGCAGAUAUCCUCUAACCUGACUCCACCAGAUGGAUUUGCUCCAUAUAUCCAUCUGGAAACCUUCCGUUGAAGUAAUUUUGGGAAGGGG